AUGGCGGUCACAUCUAAACUGCUACAAAAGCCCUUGCAGUGCACAGCAUCUGCACUGCACCGGAAUAGGGGUGGUAAAUUUGAUCAUGCUGACCGUCUUUUUCAAAGCAUUGAGAGCACCUACAGAAAUUGCCUUACAAAUACUAGUGACGUGAAGGAGUUAAUACCUGAGUUUUUUUACAUGCCCGAGUUUCUUGUCAACUCAAACUCUUAUCAUCUAGGAGUUAAACAGGAUGGUGAACCUAUUGGGGAUGUUGGCCUGCCUCCCUGGGCUAAGGGUUCACCUGAAGAGUUCAUUAGGAGAAACCGGGAGGCCCUUGAAAGUGAAUAUGUUAGCUCAAAUCUUCAUCACUGGAUAGAUUUGGUAUUUGGUUACAAGCAACGUGGAAAACCUGCUGUAGAGGCAGCGAACAUCUUCUACUAUUUGACUUAUGAAGGUGCUGUUGAUCUGGAAACAAUGGAAGAUGAUUUACAAAGAGCAGCUAUUGAAGACCAGAUAGCCAACUUUGGUCAGACUCCAAUUCAGAUAUUUCGUAAGAAGCACCCAAGAAGAGGGCCGCCUAUUCCAAUUGCACAUCCUCUAUACUUUGCUCCUGAUUCAAUCAGUUUGACUUCCAUUGUUUGUAAUGCAAGUCAAUAUUCAUCUGCUAUACUGUAUGUUGGUCUGAUGGACUCAAAUAUUGUCCUUGUGAACGAGGGUCUCAACUUGUCUGUUAAGAUGUGGUUGACAACUCAACUACAGUCUGGUGGAAAUUUUACAUUUUCUGGUUCCCAGGAUCCAUUCUUUGGAGUUGGAUCUGACAUACUUUCUCCACGCAAAAUUGGGAUUCCUGUGCCUGAAAAUGUUGAACUUGGAGCUCAAUGUUUUGCAACAAUGCAGACACCCUCUGAGAAUUUCUUAAUAUCAUGUGGCAACUGGGAAAACAGUUUUCAGGUCAUAUCAUUAACUGAUGGCAGAAUGGUACAAAGUAUCCGACAGCACAAGGAUGUGGUGAGCUGUGUUGCAGUUACAUCUGAUGGAAGUGUCCUUGCGACUGGAAGUUAUGAUACGACAGUAAUGGUUUGGGAAGUUUUUCGUGGUAAAACCACAGAGAAGAGAAAUCGAAACAGUCAAUCUGAGUUACCCCGCAAGAAUUAUGUCAUAGUUGAAACUCCAUGCCACAUCCUUUGUGGACAUGAUGAUAUAAUAACUUGCUUACAUGUCAAUCAUGAACUUGAUAUUAUAAUUAGUGGAUCAAAAGAUGGCACUUGUGUAUUCCACACCCUGCGAGAAGGUAGAUAUGUUAGAUCCUUGCGCCAUCCAUCAGGCAGUCCAAUAACUAAGCUAGUUGUCUCUCAACGGGGCCAGAUUGUGAUUUAUGCUGACGAUGAUCUUAGUUUGCACCUGUAUUCAAUCAAUGGAAAAUAUCUUGCUUCCUCUGAAUCUAAUGGACGCCUUAAUGCAGUUCAACUGAGCAGAUGUGGUGAGUUUUUGGUAGGUUCAGGUGACCAGGGGCAAAUUGUUGUUCGCUCUAUGAGCACCCUUGAAGUUGUUAAGAAAUAUCAAGGAGUUGGAAAGGUUAUGACAUCUCUGGCAGUAACCCCAGAAGAAUGCUUCUUAGCUGGCACAAAAGAUGGAAGCCUCCUAGUGUAUUCGAUUGAAAAUCCUCAGAUUCGUAAAACUAGCCAUAACAAGAAUAUAAAACCAAAACUGAAUUAA